UGUCACUUCUAUAAUUCCUAUUACAGGCAAUUAUCUUUGAAAAGAUAAUUAUUUUUCUGAUUUGAGCUUUGGAGGAGGAAAUAAUUGAUAUCCACAUUGAAAAAACUUAUAAAACGAUAAUUCGUGAAUUUCCGGACGUCUGCAACCACGUGGCCAGCAUUUCCAAGCCUUCAGAUUUAUGUAAUAAACGUUUUUCGCCGCGAGAUGGCGUUUUGGCAGAGUAAAAUGGCCGAGGUCCCGAAUAUGGAAGCGCUUAAUUCUGGAUUAAAAGCGGUGAAAGCUCUGAGGAAUACGACUAGAGAAGUAUUCAAAUUAUUAGCCGAUGGCAUGAAGGCUUGCCAGGGCGACGAAGGGAAGGAAAAACAAUUUCUUUCUCAAUUACAAACCUCGUUGGCUAACGUCAUUUCUCGUCUCAGGGAUCUGGAAACUGCCUGCACGUUGUUGGGAAAUCCGACGACACCAUUAACUCUUGGUAAUUCUGGAUUAUUGAGUCAAGAUCCUACUUACGAUAAAUCUCCUUUAUAUACCGAUAUGAUCAAAGUUUAUCGAUGGUGCGAUAAGGUUCAUGAACACGCCAGUCAUGCCUCAGCAAUUCUCAAUCAAAAUUCACUGAAACGAUCGAAUAUAAACCCCCUUUUAGCAACUAAGAGAUUCCGAAGACCUCAGCACAAUGGUCACAACGUUUCUCCCCAAAAUGUGGAUGCUUUUACAUCAGGUCUACAUAGACUAUUUCCAGACAUGUCUAUUGAAGUUAUGAGACCAUGUGGAAGUUCAGCUAUGCUGAAAAUUACAUUGGCCAGAACUUUAAAAGCUCUUGUAAUAUUACGAGGUUUGAUAAUUGAAUGGGUAGUCAUAAAAGGAUAUAAUGAGGAUUUCUAUACUGAUGAUGAUAAAUUGGAUGUUUGGUCUGAUUCUAGAUAUAAAGUUUUUCAGAAGGUGACAGAUCAUGCCAACGCAGCUAUGUUGCAUUUUUAUUCACCACUGUUACCGGAUCUAGCAGUGAAAUCAUUUGUUACUUGGUUGCAUAGUUAUUCUUCUCUUUUCACUGCUCCUUGUCGCCGAUGUGGCAAUCGUCUUCACAAUAAUAUGCCACCUACGUGGAGAGACGUUCGAAAUUUAGAUGUGUAUCACGAUGCUUGUAGACCAUAAAAUUUUCAUCAUAUCAUUUUGUACAUAUUGGUAUAUUAAAUAAAUACUUGUU